UCCAAAAUCGCAGAGCAAAAUGGCGAAAGCAAGCUCGACUACAAUUACUGCAAGACGCAUGGAGAAUGCGUUGCUUAAGUUUAGGAACCCCUCCAGUUAUGACACCCGGAGGAAGAGUGCCCAAUUUACCUAACUCAGCUAGUACUACAAAUGGUCCACAGGUUGGAUUAAGUGACCAAAGUCCUGAAAAUCUUUCAAAUUCACAUGGUAAAGAUACACAAAAUCAAUCAAGUGAAAUGAAUGGUACGACAGGCACAAACGGUCAAUCACCACCAUCAAAUUUUACUAUGAUGCAUCCCGCUUUUCAACAACAUCCUCAGCAUAAGAUGGCAGGUCAACAAGAGCGAAUUUCAAAUGAAAAUGACGAUAAACUUACAAAUGGAUGUGAAAAAACAUACACUGAACUUAAACUUUAUAAAGAACAAACUGAUCAAAAUUUAAAUGGAACUUUAAGAUCACAUUUAAAUAUGAAUUCCAUGUCUGAUGCACAUAUGCUGGCAGCGGCAGCAGCACUUGAAGGCCAUUGUUCUGAUGAUGGCUCAGAUGGUUCAGAUUCAGAGGAAAUAGAUUUAACUUCAGGUGCAUGCAUUGAUUUCUCAAAUAAUAAGCCGCAACAUCCAUCACAUGCACAACAUCAACAGGCUAUUGGUUCUACAAAUGGAGUACACUAGAGGAUCAUACAAUUAAAAUACAGAACUUACAUAUAUUCCAACAAGAAUAUUUAAAAAUGUCUUAGACAUUAGAUUUAAUUAAUCAAUAAAACCAUAUAAACCCUUUUAGUCUAUAAAUAAAUAUAAGUAUUAUUGUAACA